CUCCUUCCUAUUAAAGGCUGGAUAGAGAAGGUGGAUUGGAUUUUGUCCGAUUCCAGCUCAGCUUCUGGGUCCCAUUUCCUCCUCCUCAUUUCCAGCCAAACUUUUACUAGGCCUGCAAAAACCACUUUCUCCAUCCGGCCUCAAUUGUCUGCAACUUUUGCCAGGUUCCUACACGGCAGGAAGGAAGGCUCAACUCAUAUUCCCUUUUUGGACCGAUCCAUGAAAACCAAGUCAAGUGAAUCUUGCCAGGGAAGUCCGGAUGAUCCGCCAUGCUUAGGCCCAAACCUGUUGGCAUGGGCUCCUCUCUGCCCCACGACCGCCGCUUCCAUCCCUCCAAAUUGUGACAUGGUUUCUCCUGGCACGCUGCCUUUCCCCAGGUGAUUUAGUAAGAUGGCUGAGAGCUCUGACGCUCAUCCAAGCCUUGAGGGGAUCUUUCGGGUCUUAGCCCAGGUCCCCAGGGACAUAUUGGUCCUCUUCAAACUGAAACUGAGCUGCAAGUGGAAAGACCAAAGGAGCUCUCAGCUCUUAUACUCCAUGAUCCUGUUGACUUUGAAGGAAGAGACAGAGGCCUGGAUGAGCCUGGAUGCUUUGAAGGAUGAUCCAGUAGCGGCAUGUAUCUAUCAAAGCCGCUGGGGCAGUGCUACAGGAAACAUGGCCAACCCCAUUCCUCUAAAGCAGGAUGCAGAGGUGAGCCUGGCUGUGGCUCAAAUCUACUCGCUGCUGGCAGAUGAAAAACUCUGCAGUCCUCUGGCCAGAGAUGAAGCUUACCGAGCAGCUAUCGCAGCUUUCCAAUCCAGCAACGUUGGAAAAGACCGGUUCAUGAGCCUCUUGGAUGAAGCUUUGGAAACAUGUGGGAUGGGUUUGAUAGUCACGCUGUCAAGCAAAAGUGUUGGUGUGACAGGAGGUAAAACAAGUGGGUCAACAGCUCGGACAACAAGCGAUUGUGUGCCGAUUCAGAGCUCCUUGGAUCCUCAGCCUCUCCGCUCCACAGGCAGCCCAACAUCGGUGGUCAGUCAUUUGGAGAUCAGCCCGUCCCCCACGGCAUCUUUCCUCUCCCACUUUGUUCACCAGGACAGCAUGGCUGAGACCAGCAAGCUUUGCGGGAGCGCAUCCCAUUACUCCACACAGGGUGAUGAGGAAGGAAACAGCUACACAUCACCAGCUGGUUCCAGGUCCAGGUCCGAGAAGGGAGACCAGCCAAAAAACAGGAGAAAGGGUGAUUUGGGGAACAGCCGGUGCUCUUCAUCUGAUGUGCUGGAUCCAAAAGUCUCACUUGGGAGUGCAUGGCGUCCCGUUGAGUGUACUGAACCUGCAAACGUUGUUGGAAGAAAAGGCACCGAAGGAAGCUUAUCACACAAUCCACAAACCUCACCCACACCGCUAUUUGGUUCUGCAGCUUCCAUGGGACAUCCCCAAAGUCCCUUUCCCUCCAAGCAGAAUUCAGGCUCUGUACCAACCUCUGUUUCAAGUUCUGCCCCUCCGCCUCGUACUACAGGGUCUUCGCCAACAGUUCCGCAGAUCGAUGCCAACGAGUUUUUCACAUUUGUCAUCUUGCAUGCCAAUGAAGACGACGCCAUCGCUUGCCGGGUGAAGGACAAGCUGGAGAGCAUGGGCGUCUCCAACGGGGCAACGUAUAGCGAGGAUUUCUUGGUGCCUGGACACUCCCAGCUGGGCUGCUUCCAAAAUGCUUUGGAUAACUCAGCCUUCACACUCUUGCUCCUGACCGAGAACUUCAGGAGCCGGUUCUGCGCUUACCAGACCAACGUGGCCCUGAUGGACUCCUUCACCCGGUUCUCCAAGACCAACACAGUGAUCCCAUUCAUCUCCAAGGAGAGGCCCAUCAAACCAAGCAAAAUACCCAAGCUGCUGGCUACUCUUGUGCCGCUGGAUGAGAACUCCCCACUUUUUGACAGGAAGGUCAAGAACACCUUCAGGACAAGGGCCAUUCAAGAGAAGAAGGCGGAAUGGAGCCUCAGGCGGCAGAUCCAGGAAAGAGAACGACUGCAAGAGCAACGCCAGAACUAUGAGCAGAUGCUGCAACACCUGUCUGCGCUUGGCAUGAAUGCGCCAACAGCGAUGCCCUUCCCUGGACCACUGGCGGGCUUUCCAGGGUUACAGGUUCCACAGCCAUUUUAUUCCCCAGCAUUCCCUGCUCCCGGAACAUCCCAGCCUCAGCCUUGCGUUGACCAACCCUCCCUCUCCCAGCCAUUCCUCUUCUCCCUGGGUGCAGGUGGAUCUCAGCCGCCCCUGAUCAUCCAAAAUGCCCAAAUGGUGCAAAUCGGAGACUACAACCACAUGCAAGUGGAGAGGACCAACGCAAUGCUUGGCACGGCUGAGGAAGAAGGGAGCAUGGAUCGACGGGUGGAAAAUGGUGUUGGGAACUGACAGAGUGACUGAAAAUAAACCCAUUUUCCUUUCUCUGUC